AUGUGGUCUCCGAAAGCUGUGACGUCUCUUUUUGCUCUCUCGCUUUUUCUACCUCUCCACGCCCAUUCCGUUUCGGAAAGAUUGAUUGAAUCCAAAUCGCUCAACACUUGUCAAGACAAUUCAAGCUUCACCGCUAGUCUAUUCAACGUUAUUUUUACACCAAACAACAAGACUAUCACAUUUGAUGUUGUCGGAGUCUCAUCCAUACAAGGCAAUGUAUCGUUUGUUAUCGAGGUCAAAGCCUACGGAUAUACUGUGGUAAAACGUAUUCUAGAUCCAUGUGAUAUGGGAUUACCCGGAAUGUGUCCUAUGAGUACUGGGCAAAUCGAUAUCCUCUCAAACAUACAGCUGGAAGACUCGACCAUAAACCAAAUUCCUGGGAUUGCAUACGGCGUACCUGAUCUUGACGCCAACGUCAAGAUUGUCAUCAAUGCGACUGCCAACCCAGAUGUCAGUCUGGCCUGCGUAGAAGCUAACCUAUCCAAUGGACAAACAGUUGAUCAAAAGGGUGUUAGCUGGGCAACCGCUAUUAUUGCUGGGCUAGCUCUCAUGGCUUCAGCCGCAACCUCAGGACUUGGGCACUCGAAUACCGCAGCGCACGUGGCUGCGAAUGCACUGUCUCUAUUUGCAUACUUUCAAGCCCAGGCCAUGAUAGGACUAACUGCAGUCUCUCUACCGCCGAUUGUACAGUCAUGGACUCAGAACUUCCAGUGGACCAUGGGGAUUAUUCAUGUAGAUUUUAUGCAAAGAAUUGCUACGUGGUAUCAAAAAUCUACCGGUGGAACGCCUGCUACCUUACUUAACAGUCUUACCACAACAUCGGUUCAAGUCGAAAAGAGGUCGCUACCAACGAUAGGCAAGCGCGCAAUCGAUCACACAAUAAAACUUCUCGCUCGCGCUCACGAACUUAGUAAGAGAUCAGACGACUCCGUCUCUGGUAGCUAUAUUGUCAGGGGAAUGAAAAGGGUCGCAUUUAGAGCUGGUAUUGAAUCGACCAACCUAUUUCUCACCGGCUUGAGUUUUUUUUGUAUUUUCAUCUUCUUCACCGUUAUAUUUGUCGUUUUGUUUAAAGGCUUUUGUGAGCUGGCGAUUAAGAUGAGGUGGAUGAAGAGUGACAAGUUUCAAGAUUUCCGUAACGGCUGGCUUGUUGUACUAAAGGGUAUCAUGUUUAGAAUGGUUCUCAUUGGGUAUCCUCAGAUGACAAUACUUUGUUUGUGGGAAUUCACACAAGUCGACUCACCAGCCGAGGUAACUCUCGCAAUCUUCUUUCUAUUCGGUAUGACCGGCACACUCGCUUGGGCUGCUAUGAAGGUGAUUCGAAUUGCAAAACGAUCUGUAGAGAUGCACAAAAACCCCGCUUAUAUACUUUACUCAGAUCCAGCAGCACUCAACAAAUGGGGUUUCCUCUAUGUUCAGUUCAGAGCGACAGCAUACUACUUUAUACUUCCCACCCUUGGAUAUAUUGUUAUCAAAGGAAUGUUCAUUGCAUUCGGUCAAAACUCAGCCACCGUUCAGGCCGUUGGAUUGCUGCUGAUUGAGGCCAUCACUUUGAUAGCAGCAAGUGUUAUCCGACCAUGGAUGGAUAAGAGCAUUAAUAGUUUUAAUGUUGCUAUCGCCGCAGUAAACUUUUUGAAUACGAUCUUCUUAUUGAUCUUCACUGAUAUUUUCAACCAGCCCGGUAUAGUGACUGGAGUCAUGGGGGUUAUUUUCUUCAUUUAUAAUGCUGCGUUUUCUCUCGUCCUACUGAUCUUAGUUCUGAUUGCAACUGUGUACGCGUUUUCUCGCAAGAAUCCAGAUAGUCGAUACCAGCCAAUGAGUGACGACCGAGCAUCUUUCGUUAAGUCACAAACUCAGUUGACGACGGAAUUGGAUGCCCUUGGAGUGACAGCCCGAGGUGACAAGAAUGGGUAUAAACAUAAUCUUGAUCUAGAUGAUGAUGAGACUUGGUCAACAGAUUCAACGCGAAACCCAGCUAACCAACCCCUUCCCUCAUCAACAAUCAGCUCCAAUAGUACUUACCGUGAGACCCAACAAGUGCAAGCUGAUUCGACUGCAUCCAUGGCUUCCAAUCAGGCGCAGUUUCCUCAAUAUCAGGACAAUAAUCGCCAAUAUGCCAAUUCUGGAGCGAAUACACCCUCAUCUGCACCAUAUCCAGAAAGCUAUUCCGAGAAACCGUCACCAGGCCUCCAACCACUACCAACCUCCAGUCCUGCUUUGAAUAGGAGGCCAACGCAAAACGCCAGCACAUGGCAGGUAGGUGCAGGGUAUGAUCGGUGA